AUGUACGACACGGCGUCGUACCAAUGUUCUUCUACUCCACCAAGGUACCCAUACGACAUGACUGACGUCGUCCAGACCAAGCAGGGCGUCUUCUCGCGCCUCUUCGCGCCCAAGCCCACGCCGGAGCUCGACGCCCUCGAAAGCGAAGGCCACGACAGGAAGAAGGCGAAGCAGGUGCUCGCGUCUUACGACGGCGAUGUGGCGCGCGCACGCGGCAAGCUGCAGCACGACCAGCACGCGACCGACGUGAGCGGCGCGCCGCUCCCCAACUUCCCCUACGUCAAGGGGUGCUCCAUCUGCGACGCGCGCGCCGCGACUGACGCCGCCGUGCGCGAUAGCCCGCCCCAACAUCCAGCCGACCACGUGCGCUACGACCCCGUAACGAACACGAUCUCGUACGCCGACGACUGUGACGUGUGCGAUGCGCUGCGCGGCGAGGAUACAGAGGGCAAGGGCCCAUUCUACGCUAUGCGUAACGACCGGCAUACGGCCAAGGCACACGGCAUGGCCAUGGCCAUGGGCUUUUAG